AUGGGAAGAGCCCUAACUAAUGUAGAAGUUGCGGGUUGGCUUAUUAAGCGGGCAACAGAGUUAGGCGAAUACGACAUACAAUACCAGCCGUGCACAGCAAUUAAAGCACAAGCCUUGGCAGAUUUCCUAACGAAAAUUCAUCAGACCAGCUCUGAAGAAACAUGGAAGGUCUAUGUAGAUGGAUCGACAACUCACCAAGGAAGCGGGGUCGGGAUCUUGUUGAUAUCUCCCCAAGGGGAUAUACUCCAACUGGCUGUACGAUUGAAUUUCCGAGCUACCAACAAUGAGGCAGAAUAUGAGGCUUUGCUGGCAGGGAUGCAAGCAGCCCGGCACGUAGGAGUAGCCCGGGUAAUCAUUUAUUCAGAUUCUCAACUGGUAACUCAGCAAGUGGCCGACAAUUUUAUGAUUAAUUGUGAUAAAUUACAAGUAUACCGGGAAGCUUAUGAGAAGAUGAAGGAGGAAUUUUCAAAAGUCACAGUAACCAAGAUCCCCAGGGCGGAGAAUGAGAAGGCAGAUAAGCUAGCAAAGAUGGCCAGUUCCUUAACCACUUGGGUGUUAGACCGGUCAACGGCACAAACCUUUCUUAUAGCUCAAAUAGAUCUGCAAAAUAAUAGGGAAGCAACUAUUGAUUGGAGGGCGCCCAUGAUCAGCUAUCUUAAGCAAAGUAUCCUACCGACUGACCUAGAAGAAUCACGGCUGGUCAGGAAGCAGGCCCACGCUUAUGUCAUGAUCGGGGAUCAGCUCUACAAGAGGUCCUUCUCUGGACCCUUACUCAAGUGCUUGGGUAUGGAGGAGGCUGACCAGGCUUUGCGGGAAAUACAUCUAGGGUGCUGUGUUAGCCAUGUCGGCGGUCGGACAUUAGCUCGCAAGGUGCUCCUGGCCGGGUACUUCUGGCCUACUCUACAGAAGGACGCCCAAAAGCUGGUGGAUACCUGCCUGUCCUACCAAAAACAUCAUAAUUUGACACACCGACCAACAGCUCUGCUAAGAACAUCUAUAGUCUCAUGUUCCUUUGAUCAAUGGGGCAUGGACAUAGUGGGACCUUUUCCGAUGGCUCCGGGUCAGAGGCGCUUCUUAUUGGUGGCAGUAGACUAUUUCUCUAAGUGGGUGGAAACAGAGGCCCUGGCCAGGAUCACUGAGGAUGUCGUCAUCCAAUUUUUAUGGAAGAACAUUCUUUGCAGAUUUGGUAUUCCGCACAAGUUGGUGUCAGACAACGGAAGGCAAUUUCAAGGGCAAAAAAUUCAGGCCUGGUGUAAGGAAUUUGACAUAACACAAGCUUUCACUUCGGUGGCUUACCGACAAAGCAAUGGACAGACCGAGGUAGUCAAUCGAGAAAUAGUAUGA